AUGCGACUCUUGAAUACGCACACAUUACAGGUGGUAGAGUUUAUUCAAGAACGGCCAAGCUACGCCAUCCUUUCCCAUAUGUGGGAAUACGACGAGGUCUUAUUCCAAGACAUCAAAGAUGGCCUUGCUUCGUUAAGGCAUGGUUAUGCAAAGGUUACCGGAUGCUGCCAUCAAGCAAUCAAGGAUGGCUACGAAUGGAUUUGGAUAGAUACAUGUUGUAUAGAUAAAUCAAGUAGUGCUGAGUUAUCUGAGGCUAUCAAUUCCAUGUAUUCAUGGUAUGCCGAGAGCGAUAUUUGCUAUGUCUACCUAUCAGAUGUUCGUAGUGUAAACAUAAAAGGAUUCGAGGCCGUUUUACGCGCAACCGAAUCCUUUCAUAUCACGACAGACUCUCUGAUACCAGGAAUAGGCACACAACUAGUCCCAGAGGCUUGUAUCAACAAGUUUAUCGACGAGUUUAAGAGAAGCAGGUGGUAUCGUAGGGGCUGGACGCUCCAGGAACUUAUAGCACCGCGACAUAUUGAGUUCUACAAUCAAGACUGGAUCGGGUUGGGAACAAAAACAACUCUUAGAAAAAUAAUCAUAGAAAUUACGGGCAUUAACGAAGGUGUUCUUCUAGGAUAUACUGCUCUGUCCGAUAUCACGGUGGCUUUAAAGAUGUCAUGGGCUGCAAACAGAUUCACGACAAGAACGGAAGACAUGGCAUAUUGCUUAAUGGGAAUCUUUGAUAUCAACAUGCCCUUACUAUAUGGAGAAGGCGUUAAGGCAUUCAAGCGGCUACAAGAAGAAAUCAUGCGCCAAUAUGAAGACUACACAAUUCUUCUAUCUAACGAUUAUGCAUGA